AUGAGGAUGCCCCAGCUACAUGAACUUCCUGUCGAGAUCUGGCAGCAGGUUCUACGAAAUGUCUUCGACGUGCCUUAUGCUCUGGAUACGACUGUGCCCACAGAUGGCUGCUUCUGGCAUCAGCAAGAUCGAUACCAUGAUAAACAGGUAUAUUGGAUCUCCGAACAGGAGCGCAAGAAGCUCCGUUUAGUCUGUCGUAGCUGGCGAGACUACGUAGACGAGUACCGUUGCCGCUGGAUAUCAUGGGACCCACACCCGUUCGCGAUGAACAGAGAAGCAAUGGAAGCUGGUGUUGCCCUUGGUAUUCGCGAGGACUAUAUGGAAGACCCCGUACCGCCUAUCCGCCCAUUUCGCGCGUUCAUGUCCAUCAAGAAUGAAACCGACUACAGCUUAUUCAAAUCCUCGCUGAAUGACACGUUUGGACGACUGACAACCCUCUUCGUGCAUUGCAGUUCACUCUAUGGCCCAGCAAUCUUCGACCUUCUGAUAGCAAAUGCACAUAGCCUGCCGGACCUUCGGUGCCUAAUGCUCAAGCACAUCAACUUCCGGGAAACUCCACUGUCUUUGUUAUCAAAGGCAUUCCCUUUUCUGACAGGCCUUACUCUCGACGGAGGUCUCCUUCCUCCAAACCCUAACGAUUGCCUGCGACUAUCUCAGCUCGAGAGUUUGUACCUGGAUCUUCCCUCACUUGAAGGCAUGUCCUGCAAGACAUGGCACCUCCCAGGUCUCGUCCGCCUCAGUGUUCCUCUCGCUCGCCGAGAACGCGAAGCAUCGCAAGUCUUUGAAUGUCUUCGCUCCCACGGUGCGAACAUGACUUUCUUACACAUUAGCUAUGGAGAACCUGCCACGCUACCGCGUGACAUCUGGAGAUGGUGCCCUCACAUGACGGAAAUUGUCACCAGCUUCUCGAUUGUCACAUUAGAGGGACCCAUUCCAGCGGAACACCCACUCCGAUAUUUGGUUCACCUCGCUCUUAACGACUCGUUCACAGAUAACUCUCCGACGCUCUUGCACAACAUCGAACUGCUCCCCCCCAAUAGCACUGUCGUCGUAGGUGUACGUAGUUGGGAGAGGUACAUGAAGAGAACGUACCAACGGCUGUUGAAGACAAUGCAGUGCGACUAUGGACACAAGUAG